UGGGAAAGUUUCUGAGAAAUUUGGAGUGAACAAUUGCUCAAUUUGUAUGAUCUUGAGUUUUAUGGGGUUAACACUUUUCUAAGUCAUUAAUUACUGAUCAACUUUCUACAUUUGUCAACUUCUCUUACAACCUAAUUCAUAAAAUGUAUACUUUCGAGUAAUGCGGAAACAUGGACCAAGAUGUCGACGAGGGACCGCCGGCCUCGCAGGCAAGCUCUCACUUCCCGCUAAUAGAGCCCAUUUCGGGCGCGACGCUAUAUGAGCUCGAGUCAGCGCGUCGCGAGACUCUUAGGCGUCGCGGACGAGUACGGACCGGCUGCGCCGAGGUGGAUGACGCGGUGCUGCUGGGCGGCUUGGAGCGCGGGUCCGUUGUGGGGGUCAGUGCUGAGGAUAUUGAGUUCGGGCUUUUGGUCGGGCUGCAGACCGUGGCGCAUACGAUGGUCUUUGAGGGUGCAAGGGAGCAGAGAGCGGCUAUCGUUACUACGUUGACGCCGGCGGCGAUAUUGCCGGCGCUAAGGGAUGUCAUUAGAGCACAGGUCCAUGUUGCUCUAGGCCCGACGGCGAAUCAGAAGCAGGAGGUUGUGAAUGCGGAAGUGAGACGCUGUCUCGAGCGGAUUUCUAUCUCGAGGGUUUUUGAUAUCGAGGGCUUGUGGGAGGUCCUUAGUGAGCUUGAGGCGCCACUGUCUCUUGGGCGAGAUGCUACUCCUGAGGAAAAGGAAGAAGAGGUAGCUUCUACUACGGCUGCUGCUGAAGACAAGGAGCAUUUGGCUUACGCUAAGCCGGCGGGUUCGUUCCCACCAGGCGUGUCAAAAGAAGAGGAUAAGGAUGAGGCGGUAGAGGAUAUUCCUCCAUCACCGCCACCAAAGACGAAACGGAUGGAAGUGGCAGAUAGUGAAGACGAGGAAGAGUUGAGUUUAUCACCACCGUCUCUACCAGAACAACAACCACCCGCACCACCACCGCCAUCCUCUCCUCCAAAACCACCUUCAUCUCCUUCCCCUCCUCCCGCUGCACCAACCGCACAAGCCACUACUUCAAACCCAAUACCUACAAGCAACCAAGAAAACCCCUCACACACCCCAAACCUAAUCCUCAUAACGCAUUUCUCAACCCUCCUCACAAACCUCUUCACCCGCUCCGCAGACAACAAGGCCGGCGCACAUACUACCCUGCAACUACUAUCCUCGCACCUGCGGUAUUUGGCCCGGUCGGCUGAUGGGCCGCUUGUUAUGCUUCUUAAUAGUACUACUGCCACUUCUAUAUCCGCAUCCGCUGGCUCAUCUACUUCUACCGGUACUUCUCAUAUCCCACCGAACCACGCUUCAACAACAGCAGCAGCAGCGAAAGACCGCCCUCUGGAACCUACACUCCGUUCCGUCUUCAUUCCCACGCCUCUGCCUGGAAUAGGAGCAGGAGGCAGACGGCAGAAUAAACCCGCGUUCGGCGCUACAUUCGCGCAGUUCCUCGACUUGCAUCUGCUCUGCACGCGGGUGCCGCGGACGCGGACUGAUGCGGAGGCGUUGGUUGCGGGGACGUCGGGGCUGGUUCGGUGGUGUUGGGUUGUGGAGGUUUUGCUCGAUGAGCUUGGGGUGGAGGAAUAUAGGGAUAAUGACGAGGGUGGGAAUAAGAAUUUGAACGAUGGUAGUGGUAGUGGUAGUGGUAGUGGUAGUGGUAGUGGUAGUGGUAGUGGUAGUGGUAGUGGUAGUGGUAGUGGUAGUGGUAGUGGUAGUGGUAAUGGGAGGAUAUGGAGGAGUAGAGAGCAGCGAUGGGGUGCUGUGGAUGUACGUGGGAGAGUUAGGCUUGUUGAUGCGAUUUUGGGGAGUUAAGGGUAAAGUUGAGGACGAGAAACCUGGAAGGGUUGUUGUUGGGUUUGGAGGAUUGUUGAUUACUGGUCCUGAAGGACGACGGCGAUGAUGGACAGCUGAGAUACUUAGACGGGUAGUUCUGUUGCUAUGCCUAUCUGUCUAAACCAAACCAAUAUCUUCACAACCCUGACUAACAUGAUACUCUUGCAGAAACUA